CUCUUAAGUUGUUUUCAUCAUGUGUUUUAUUAUAUUCCUGUCACUGUGGAUCUGGCUCCAUCUUAGUUUGCUCACUCUGAGACAGAAAGUAUGUGUUGUAUAAGACUUGGACAGGGAUUCACAUUAACAUGAGUAGGGCUAGUAUUUAAAAACACUGCAAUAAAAAGGGUUAUGUUUUUAGACUGUUUCUAGUUUUUAUUUACAAAACUCCACGCCCUUUAUGGUUAGAUCAUGUUUGGUGGCUGAAUCUAUUAUGCAAAUGAUUUAUAAUUAAUAGGUCAGUCUGUAAAAUGGAAAAACAGUUUCAUACAUUCGAAGGUGAUGUUUUCAAAUUGCUUGCUGUGUCCAACCAAAUGUCCAAAACCCAUAGGCCUAUAUAUAAUCACUUUACAUCUUAUGACAAAGAAUGAAAAGAAAGAAAUGAAAAGAAAGAAAUGAAAUCAUCAUUUGAAAAGCCAGAACCACCGAAUGAGUGGUGUUUUGCUUGGAAAAAUAAAUAAAACAAUAAGUGAAAUUGAUGCCGAUUGCAGGCGUUUCACCAUGACACAAUUAGCUGCAGCUCUAAUUGGUGUUGCUAAUGUUACAGGAUUAGUCUCCGCAUUAUGAUUUAAAUUUACAGAAUUUUUGAGAAAGUAUUAAACAUUAUUUGUGAUUAAAUUGUGUUUGGUGGGUGCAGUAUUUUGCAAAUAUCAUAGAAACACAGGGGCGUAGCACAGUAUUCUGGGCCCUAUGCCUAAGCAGUCUCUGUGGGCUGGGCCCCCCAUCCUUCUCUGGAUCCAUGUGACUCAAUGCACCUUUUGAUUUUUUUUUUUUAACAAGGUCAUUUUUCUUUCUCUCCCUUUCCUUUAUUUCUUUUCUUUUUUUGGAACCCCAUUUCUCUUUCUUGCGGAAAGACAUGACAGUAUAAGCAGUCACUCGCUCGGCUCUGACUGCGUUUAGAGAUGAAUCCUAGUACGGGGUGGACUGAACGAUUUUGCACCUCUAAGGGGUGAGAGAGGCCCCAGAAAGCUUCCACAGUUUUUUUAUACAAAGUUUAGUCUUUCAACCUAUUUAUUCAGCCAAUUUAAUUUAUUUAUACUUACUUAUUACUUUGGAAAAAAUUUGCUAAGAAAACCAAGUUUUUAUUCAAGGCUUUUCGAGGCCCCCCCUCCCAUUGGAGCCCUGUGUAAUCAUUCCCAUCUUUCCCCCUAUUAUGACAUCCCUGUAGUAACACAGUAACCGUACGAUUGCUUUCUGCACGUCAUCUUUUUAACACCGAGGCAACUAUAAAUAGGCUUCAGUCACAAUCAAAUAAAGGGACUCUUCUGCUUUGGGUGUAAUUAAAUUUAGAUUGCAUGUAUUUAUUUGGAUAUUUUGAUUUGUUUAAUGUUUUCCAAUUAAGCUGCUUUGAGUGUUCUAUUGCUGUCAAAUUAUGCAUCCUGGAUAUGUGCAGUUAAAUCGGUUUGUUAAGGUUUUCUUUAUAAAUAUGAAAAACUAACUGCAGAAGUGCGCUCAAGCCAUGAUCCUGGUUUUUCCCACAGUCAUGAAAGCACCACUUCUGUUCCCCGCUGCAGGUCGCCUGAGCUUUCUGCUUACCAAAGCGCACUGAGUUCCGCUCAGUUUGGCCAAUCGUGUCGCGCUGUGCUUCAGCACCAUUGCAGUGUGGAGAGAUCAUACGGAGGUGUAGCUUGCUGAGAGAGGGAUCAUUUGGAGGAAAGAUACUCGACCUGGGUGACCGCUUUUGGCCAACACCACCCCCGAUACAGUCACCGUGUGACAUUGCCAUAAGCAGCUUCAGUCCGGGUGACCCUCAGUGAUUGACAGAUGUGUGACACUGUGGACAACCAUUUGCCUCUCCCAGUGGAGAUCUGAGUUCUGGGACACUGAGGCAGCCAAGGGGGGGUCUCUGAGGAAGAUGCUGGGUUCAGAGCGCGGAGUUGUCGAAGAAUGGCUCUCAGAAUUCAAGUCCUUACCAGAAACCCACAUCCCCAGCUACGCCGGCAGCCUUCAUCUAAAGAAGUCUCUGGUGCCAGCUCUCUACAGAGUCAUCCAGGACCCCAACAAUGAGCUGCUGGAGCCUGUGUGCCACCAACUGUUCGAGCUGUACCGGAGCUCUGAAGACCGCCUGCGCCGUUUCACCCUGCAGUUCCUGCCCGAGCUGGUGUGGGUAUACCUGCGCGUCACAGCGAGCAGGGAUCGCCAGAGCAAUGGGUGCAUCGAGGCCCUCCUCCUGGGCAUCUAUAACCUGGAGAUCGUGGACAAAGACGGCAACAGCAAGCUCCUCUCCUUCACAAUCCCCUCCCUGUCCAAACCAUCGAUAUAUCAUGAGCCUUCUAGCCUGGGGUCCAUGGCAUUGACAGAGGGGGCCCUCUGUCAACAUGACCUGAUCAGAGUGGUGUACAGUGGCCUCCACCCACAGAGAGAGACCUUCACGGCUCAGAACAGGUUUGAAGUGCUGUGUUUCCUCAUGCUGUGCUACAACUCCGCUGUGGUGUACAUGCCGCUAUCUUCCUAUCAGUCAGUUUGCAGAAUGAGCUCACGGCUGUGUGUAUGUGGCUUCCCCCGGCAGCAGCAGAAGCUCUGGAGGGAACCGUGCAAUCGUGUGCUGCUGGACCCCGAGUUCAUGGUGCAGAUGCUGACUGCCGUUUAUCAUGCCAUAUACAAUGGAGAGUGGGAGAUGGGGCGGGAAGCUCUGGAGGACAUUCUGUACAGAGCCCAGCUGGAGCUUUACUCCCAGCCUCUCCUGCUGGGGAAUGCCAUGAAGAACUCGCUGCCAGAGACGGCUCCUGAUGAGUCACGGGGGCGCAAGGUGCUCCAGGUGGAGGUGACACCCACCAUCAGCCGCAUCUCCAUCUCAGCCAUCACCACCGCCUCCAUACGACGCCACCGCUGGAAGAGAGAGGAUUGUUUUGACUACUCAACCGAUGCAGAGUUGAGCCUCAUCGUCAAUCCUCCUAGCCUCGCCCAGCACCAGCACCACCAACACACUCCCUGGGACCCCGCAGCCAAAGAGGAGAGAGAAGGGCGGCCUCACAGCCACCACAGCAGCAGCAGCAGCAGCAUCAUUCCCCCCAUCACAUUUGAGGAUGCUGAUGGUAUGAGCGGCGGGGAAGAUUCCUUCAACGUCAACGACCCAGACGAGGGUUUCUCCUCCGGGGCCUCCAACAGCAGCCAGCCAAGCGGCACCAAGGCGGGCGGCAGCGUGGGGCAGAGGGGCGGCAGCCUGAACAGCAGCAGCAGCAGCAUCAAGAAAGCCAUCACAGCCCGGCUGUCUCGAGACAAGGAGAAGGAGCGGGAGAAGGAGAGGGAGAGGGAGAGGGAGAGGGAGAGGGAGGCGGAAAAACAUGCAGAUUUGUCAGCAGAUCACCAGGCUGCUGUGAGGAGGCACCACGCGAGGCAGCAGUCGCCUCCAGCCAGCAUCAACUUGGAUGCCAUCCAGCUGAGCCCCAUAAAGAAGCACCUGAGCUUCCCGGCAGGGCCCACGUUGGUGCGGACUGGCAGCACCUCCUCCAGCAAGUCCUUUGACUGCAUGAAUUUCAACCUGAAUGGAGGCGACGACGAGCGAGAGGAGGCGGUGGGGGGCUCUGACAAGGAAGGAGGGCUUCCUGUAGGCAGCUCCCACCGCCACUCCACCAUCAGCCUGCAGGAGGAGCACCUCAUCAGGCCAGAGGACGCCCAAGACCUCCUGUCUCCUGGAGCUCCUCUCACCAAGCAGUCCCGCUCCCCCAGUUUCAACAUGCAGAUCAUAUCACAGGUCUAACAUGCAGUGCAGGGCAUAAUACACAUCCACACACACACACAUCCACACACACAUACACACACACACACACACACACACACACACACACACACA